AUGGACUUCAUUAUAAAAAUUGGUAUAGAUGGUCAUCAAUUCCUUUUGACUCUUCAAGCAGAGAAUAAACGGUAUUUAUAGCAUAAGAAUUUUAGAUUAUAAUAUCUAUAAGAAUAAAUUUAAAAUGAAACUAAAGUUGAAGUAAAGAAUUAAUUACUUUUAACAAAGAAAGGAGUAAAAUUGGAAGAUUUAAAUUAAUUUGAUGUUGAUUAAUAAUUGCAAUAAACAGUGUAAUAAUUUCCAGAUGAAUAAAAAUUUUAUGUAAUAUACACAAUUAAUAUUGGGAUAGACUAUAUAUUUAUUUGAUCUAAGUGAAAAUCCAGAAUAAGUUGUCUACCCAUUUCCUAAAUAUGAACCUAAAAUGGAUUUAAAAUAGUUGUUACUGUCAGAAUAAGCAAAAGAAACUCUUAUUAAUUUGAACUCAAAUAUAAUUAAUCAUGAGAAAAUAUUCUUUUAGCAUUUACAAAAUUUAAAGAAUAAAUAUAUACCUUAUUAAUAAAAGGUUAAGUAAUUGGAAAAGAUUGGAUAAGAUUUGGAAAAUUAAAUUUAAUCAUUUGAUAUUGUAUUAAAAAUGAGUAGAACAACAUAUAAAAAUUCUAAAGCUAAGAAAGAGGAGUUGACAAAAAAAUAAAAAGAAUCAUUAGAAAGAAAUCUAUUAACAGUUAAAAAAUUUGAUGAUAGUUUAGAGUAAUUAAAGAAAAUAGAAUUACAUGCUGCAUUGCAAACAAAUUCAUAAAAAUAUUUAAGUGAUAUUUAUUAUAAACCAGAAUCUAUGCUUAAAUGGAAAAAUAGUUGUUUGAAUACAUAAUAAAAUUUAAAAUAAAAAAUUGAUAAAUUAAGUUAAGCUAUAUCAAAAUCAAAAUAAAAGAUAAAGAAUGAAAAAACAGAAAAUAUGACAUAAUGUUUAUCAAGUUACAAAGCAAAUUAAUAAUAAUAUUAAUAAUUCAUAUAAGAAAAUAAAUCACUAUUAUAAUCUGUUGUUUAAUCUACAAUUGAUGGUAAAAGUAUAAAUAAUGAUUAGAAUACAAUACAUUAAGAUAAUAUAUGAUUGAUUUUUCAUAAGAUAUUAAUGAUGAACCAGCUAUGUAUUAUUUAUCUUAAUUUGAAUUAUCUUAAGAGUAAAUUAAAUAAUUUGAGGAUGCAGUAACUCAUAUAGGUGAUCAUUUAGAAAAAAGUAUUUAAUAUUUAAAUAAUAAUUAGCAAAAUAAGUAUUUAUGUAAUUCACUUAAUUAAAAUAAUAGAAUAUGUCUAAAAUUUUGAAGGUAUUCUAAAAUUUGAGAGCUCUAGACAAAGAAUUUGAAUAACAUAAUGAAAAAAUUAGAUAAUAUGAUGAGGAGGUAGAAAAAAUGGAGAAAGAUUUUUCAUAUCUUUUGAAUCCUGUUUUAUUACCAUAAGCUUAUUAAUAAGCAUUAAUAGAAACAAGUAGAAGGAAAGAAUUUAGAGAUAUUUUUGAUAAGAAAAUUAAAUCAUUGAUGUCAUUAAUUGAUUAGGAGAAAGAUAAGAGGAAAAAGUUUUUAUAAUAAUAUGGUCGAAUAUUGCCAUAGGAUUUUAUUGGAUAAUUAAAAAAUUUAACUCCAUCAAUUUAAAUUAUUAAUGCAUUUGCAGAUGCUGAAUUACCAAAUAUAACUGGUUUACAUACUGAUACAUUUAAGAAACGUUAAGAUAAUGAUGUUGAUUAAUUGAAAUAAUAAAUAGAAGAUUUAAAUUAAUAAUGCAAAUAAACUCAUCUAUUUUAUUAAGAGAAAACUACUAAGAAAUCUACAACUUAUAUUGAAUUAUUAUAAUUAACUGCAAAGAAUUCAAUGAAAAUGUUUAUAUAAAGAGCUGAAAAUAAACCAUUAUCAUCAAUAGAUACCAACACUGAUAAAUCUUAAAGAGAAAAUGAUUCAAAACUUAUGAAUUUAAAAAAUGAAUUUAGUGAAUAAUUAAAUAAUUAAAAAUAAGAAUAUGAAAAACUUAAAAUUAGAUUAUAGAAAUAAGAAUAAGAUUUUGAAUCUAAAUUAGUUGAAAUUGAUAAUAAAAAUAAUAUGAUUACAGAAUUAUAAUAAAAAAUAGAAUCUUUAUAAAAUAAUACUAUUAAAUUAAAGGAUGAUUUAAAUAAAUUUGUAAGUAAAUGUGAGAAUUUAGAAAUUAAUUUAAUUUAAAAAAAUAGUGAAAUAUCUAAAUUAUAAUAAUUAUAAAAAUAACUUAAUGAUCAAUUAAAUUAAUCUAAAUAAAUAUAAUCAGAUUUACUUAAACAUAAAUAAUCAAUUUAAUAAUAAUGUGAAACUCAAAAUGAUUAAAUUAAUGAAUUAGAUUUGUUAAAUAAACAAUAUCUACAAUAAGUAUAGGAUUAUUAUGCUUAAUUAGAAGUAAUUUAAAAUGAAAAUGAAAAAUUAAAAUAGAAACUUAAAAUGCUUGAAUUAGAAAGGGAUAAUAAAUAAGUUGAAUUGGAUAAACAGAUAUAAGUUUAUAAUGAAUUAUUAGAAGAUUAUUUAGAAAAGAAUUCAUAAUUGGAAAAUUUAAAUUAAGAUUAAAUUGAAUAAGCCUAAAAAGAUUUAUAAUUAGAAGAAGAUCAAAAAACACUUUAAAAUAAAAUUGAUAAUUUAGAUUUAGCCCUACAAUAAAAAAAUAAUGAAAUAAUUUUAUUAAAAAAUCAAGAUUAAUUAUAAUUAUUGAAAGCAUAGGAUGAUUUUAAAGAAAUAUAAUUAUAAUAUGAGGAUAAAAUUAAUUGUUUAACUUAAGAGAAUUUAGAUUUGACAAUAUAAAUUCAAUCAUUAUAAGGAUAGAUUGACUAUUUAAAUCAAAAAUAGAAAUCUGAUAAUAUUAUUGAAGUACAAUAAAAACUUAAAUUAUCUGAUCCCUAAUUUUAAUUUGAUUUAUCUACUAUUUCAAUUGGAAAGUAGAGUAUAUUCAUUCCAGCUUAAAAUGAUGUUUAUGUUCCAUUAUUACUAAAAAAUAUUUAGGUUUCAAAUAUCUCUGAUGAUUCCUUAUCAAAUACAAGCAUAGAUUCCUCAAAUAAAUAAAAACUAUAUAGAGUUUAAUUAACAUCUAUCCCAUAAGCAUUAAGAGAAUUUAUUAUGUAAUUAUUGUUUAUAUUAUGUUAGUGAUACUGGUUUGUUAUUCAUCUCAGAAGUUAGUAAUAUUAUUGAAACAGAAGAAUAUUUCUAGAUUAUUGUGAAUCAACCAAAUUAUAUCAUAGGAUUUGAAGGUUAGGAUAAUUAGAUCAAAAGUUUUACUCUAUGA